GACGGACCGCGAACACCAGAGUGUGCCUGUGCCCUCCUCGCUCCCUCCGUUUGGCAAAGCUUUGAGACGCUGAUUUGAUGCCCCAUGUUGCAACAUCGCCAACAUCGAAAUGAAUAAAUUAUACGAAAGUGAAAUCAAUUUGCAUUAGGGCCGCCGACUAGCGAAUGGCCCCCACUCGCACCCCAAGACGAGCGUGUGGAGGAGGAGGAAUCCUGCAGUACUGUGCCAAGAAGUGUGGCAAGUGAGGGGGGCUGACAAAUUACAUUACAGUGUCAGGCAAGGGCGAGUGACAUCAGGCAUCUGGCAUCAGACCUCUGCCUGCGACGCAUGUGAGGACGUGGACGUGGACCUGGAGCUGGAGACUGGAGACCUCGCGCCUCACCUGCCAGCCGCCGCCUGACAGUUGUCGACGGGACACGGGUCGGGACUGUGGCGUCUUAGGUUACGCUGCCCUGCCUCCCUCCCCCGUUCUCGGUGGUGACCUGUGAUCUAGCCUCGGGGGCUAGUUUUUGACAGCUUUGACAGGAUUUGUCAGUCAGCGUCAGCCCGCAGAAGUAUGCUACGCAGCUGCGUGUGCCUGCGAUCCGACGAGGAUGGCAAGCGGCGCGGCUCCUCCGUCGAAGACGCCUCGUCGUGCCGCUCAUCGGAAAUAGAGCGCGUGGGUGCCAGCAUGCAGACGCUGGGUCCGAGCGGGCAGCCCCAGUCGGUGGCCGCCCAGACGACCACACGGGCCUCCAGUCUGCUGCAGUUCUUCCACAGGAAAGGUUGGUGCAAGCACUUUCGCAAGCCGCUGCGGGGAAUGAGCGCCUCCCGGGCCGAGAAAACGAUUCUCAUGGACCCGAGCCAGAAAGACGACGACACCCUCCGUCUCGGUCUCCGUCUCCGUCACCGUCAAACCGAAGGAACACCACCAGAGAAAGCCCCCAUGGCUUGUUGGGCCGUUGCUAUCAGAGCGGCUAUAUUUAUCCAGAAAUGGUAUCGCAGGCAUCAGGCACGUCGCGAAAUGAUGAGGCGCUGCAAUUGGCAGAUAUUCCAGAAUCUAGAGUACGCCAGCGAACAGGACCAGGCUGAGCUGUACAAAUUCUUCAAUGACCUCAUCAAACAUAUGCCCCAGGCCGCGGGCAGGAAAAAUCAACAUCAUGGCGAAUCCAUAAUUUCCCUUCUGGACGAAAAGGACGAUAUGAUGGAUGAGCUCGGGGAUACUGUGAAUGCCAAAAUAGAGAUGCCAAUUCGAAAGAGUCACAUUGAUCUCCUGAUUGACGUCUUCCGCAAGAAACGGGGCAACCGAUUGCAUCCGAAAUAUGUGGCGCUGAUCCUGCGCGAGGGUGCCAAGUCCCUUAAGCAGUUGCCGAACAUCUCCAUGGUGUCCACUGCUGUGUCGCAGCAGGUCACUGUCUGUGGCGAUCUGCACGGAAAACUCGACGAUCUUCUUGUGGUGCUGCACAAGAACGGUCUUCCUUCAUCUUCCAAUCCUUAUGUGUUCAACGGGGACUUUGUGGAUAGGGGCAAGCGGGGACUGGAGGUGCUGCUGUUGCUUCUGUCUCUGUAUCUGGCAUUUCCCCAGGCGGUUUUCCUGAACCGCGGCAAUCACGAAGACAGCGUCAUGAAUGCCCGCUAUGGAUUCAUUCGCGAAGUGGAGGGCAAGUACCCCCGGAACCACAAGCGACUGCUGGCUAUCAUAGACGAGGUCUACAGAUGGCUUCCACUAGGCUCCGUUCUCAACAGUCGAGUGCUGAUCGUCCACGGUGGCAUUUCCGACAACACCAGCUUGGACCUCAUCAAGAGCAUCGAUCGGGGCAAGUACGUAUCCAUUCUGCGACCACCGCUCACAGACGGCGAGCCUCUGGAUAAAACCGAAUGGCAACAGAUCUUCGAUAUCAUGUGGAGCGACCCCCAGACCGUGAUGGGAUGCGUUCCAAACACACUGCGAGGUGCUGGUGUUUGGUUUGGCCCCGACGUCACCGAGAAUUUCCUGCAGCGCCACCGACUCAGCUAUGUCAUACGGUCCCACGAGUGCAAGCCCAACGGACACGAGUUCAUGCAUGACAACAAGGUAAUCACAAUCUUUUCGGCAUCCAACUACUAUGCGAUUGGCUCCAAUAAGGGCGCCUACAUACGACUCAACAACCAGUUGAUGCCGCAUUUUGUGCAGUACAUAUCGGCGGCCUCGCAGUCGAAGCGUCUGUCCUUUAAGCAGCGCAUGGGCAUGGUGGAGAGCUCUGCUCUGAAGGAGCUCGCCGUGAAGAUGCGCGACUAUCGCGAUGAGCUGGAGGAUGAGUUCAAGAAGUUCGAUCCGGACAACACCGGAUGUAUAACCAUUACGAACUGGUGUUAUGUGAUGGAGAAGGUCACAAAGCUGGGACUGCCCUGGCGUCUCCUGCGCGAUAAGCUGGCUCCUGGCACCGACAGCCACAUGGUCAACUAUUAUACCACCUUGGAUCUACUGGAUACGGACGUGAUCCUGGAGGCCGAGGCAGAUGGGACCUCAGUCAUGGACGCUUUGUAUGCGAACAAAGCCAGUUUGGUGGCCAUCUUCAAUAUCAUAGAUGCUGACGAUUCUGGGGAGAUAACUCUGGACGAAUUCGAAACAGCGAUUGAUCUGUUGACGGCACACAUGCCGGGCGCCUAUUCCAAGGAGGAGAUGCUGGAGAAGUGUCGUAUGAUGGAUCUGAAUGGGGAUGGCAAGGUGGAUCUGAACGAGUUCCUGGAGGCCUUCAGGCUGAGCGAUGUGCAAAGGAAGCAGCAACAGGAUGAGAACACACGAAGGCGUUCGGAGGUCAGGGCCUCAACCAAACCCUCGGACCCCGUCACCGAGCUGGCGGAUAGAAUAUCACGGAAUACGGUCAUUGUAGAGCAAGAUAUAGACCCAUCCGACUGCGAGGCUAAAGUAAUCAAACCCAAUAAGGCCUAAAGGCUCCAUCGUGACAUCCAGGGUUAGUCCAUGACUCCGUGGCUGGUGGAAGACCAAAAGAAUCUGUUUAUUUAAACACGAAAUCCCAGGAAAAUUGUUUCUCAUUUACGAAUUAUACUCGUUCAGUUCUCCGCAGCAUUUCUGAAGAUCAUUUGUGUGUGUUUUUUUAUCGGUUACCCCGGAUCAUUUAUAGUAUUUUCGCAAUAUUCAAACAUCGGACAUAAAUUUAAUAGAUACAUGUGAAUAUAUUUAUAAAAUAUGAAUUAUGAGAUCUCUGCGAAAGCUAAACUACGGACAGCAAAGUCAUGACACAUUUUGGCUCGUCUGCCGGCCAUUCCCGAAUGCUUUUGAUUUAUAGACCAUUAUAGAACGUCAUUUAAUACACGUAUAAACCUGUAAUAAUCGUAUUGUGCACUUUAUAGCUCGUGCUUUCUUCAAGUAUAGCCAAGUAUCGUGCACAUUUGUUAUAGCUACAGUAAAAGCGUAUAAAUACUAUAAAAGUUAGAGAUACAUAUAUACAGAAACAUAUGUACUAUAUAUGGAGUAAUUGCAACGCUUAAGACCUAAGCCAAUGGGAUCAACAUGAAUUUUUUUGUUUUUUUUUUAAAUACUGCUAGUACCAGAAUUUUGUAAUAAAAGCAACAUCUAAACGUUGAUGCUGAUGUUAAAGACAUAUACUAUUCCUAUCUAUAAUUAUAAAUACUAUUAAACCCAAGCCAAUUAAAGAAUAUACCACUCCAAAUAAAUCUUCAUAAAGCUGCACAAUUUUGAAUGAAACGAAUCGCAAGAAAUUACAGAAAUUAUAAAAGAAAGAAAUGGCUUCCGAAAGUACCUCUUUUAUUAUUUAAGAAUAAUUUCACAACUAAAAAAUGCAUAUUUGGGAAAGUUCUGUGCACGGCUUGUAGGAUUCUAUUAAAUGUUAUUUAAGUUUGGUUAAGGAUCUAUCAAAAUAAAUGAACACACCAAGGAAAAUUGGUUGCAAGAAAAAUUA